CUGAUCUGGGCUUUGCAACCCUACUCUGCAGGUUAGGAGGAGGGUAAAACCAGUUGCUUGGUGCUUUCAACACAGCCCCAUUGAUUCCUACAUCUAGGACAUUGACUUCCCACAUAACAGAAAACCUAAAAUUCAGCUACUUUGGCUGAAGUAUCAACUAUACCAGCCAGUACCUACCAAGUAUUCUGAAACCCAGAUAACUUUCAAAAGUCCCUCUCUGCCCAGCCACCAGGUUCCAGAUGCCAGUGUGAUGCCGAUCAGACUUCCCUGAACAGAUGACCUUUCAGUAUCUCUCUCUCUGGUUCUGGGGUGGUCUCCAGGGGAAAGAGUCCCAAAGAGAAAAACUAAAUCAAAAAGAAAAAGAGAAAGGCUAAUUGGAAAAGAUCCAAUCAGGUUCUCUUGGUUGCAAACUCCUGCAUUUCUCGUGCUGCAAUAAUGAGUGGGAAAUCCCUGCUCUUAAAAGUCAUUCUGUUAGGUGAUGGUGGAGUUGGGAAAAGCUCACUUAUGAACCGUUACGUAACCAAUAAAUUUGAUUCUCAGGCUUUUCACACCAUAGGGGUAGAGUUCUUAAAUCGAGAUCUGGAGGUAGAUGGCCGUUUUGUAACUCUGCAGAUCUGGGAUACUGCAGGGCAGGAACGUUUCAAAAGCCUUCGGACACCAUUCUACAGGGGAGCAGACUGCUGUCUUUUGACUUUCAGUGUGGAUGACCGGCAGAGCUUCGAGAACCUUGGCAACUGGCAGAAAGAAUUCAUCUACUAUGCAGAUGUGAAAGACCCUGAGCACUUCCCUUUUGUUGUUCUGGGUAACAAGGUAGACAAAGAGGAUAGGCAAGUGACUACUGAGGAGGCACAGGCCUGGUGCAUGGAGAAUGGGAAUUACCCUUAUCUAGAAACAAGUGCCAAAGAUGAUACUAAUGUGACAGUGGCCUUUGAAGAAGCUGUCAGGCAGGUGUUGGCAGUAGAGGAACAGCUAGAACAUUGCAUGUUAGGUCAUACUAUUGAUUUGAACAGUGGCUCCAAAGCAGGAUCAUCAUGCUGUUAAAGGUAUAACAAUCUCUGGAAAAAAACUUGUCCCAGAUUAAUCAGUCAGUAGUGUAAGAACAACUGUGCCCGUCAAUGAGUGCACACACAUGUACACAUAUACACACAAGGGUUAAGAGAUACAGUUGUUAAAACAUUUAAAAUUGAAGUUGUAAAACAAUUUUUAAAAAAGCUCUAUCAAGUGUAUUUUAUGUGAUUUCUGCUGUUGGUAUGUAUUAAGCUAUCUCAGAAAGCUUUAGUCCUGAGAGACUUAAAUAUUUUUCAAAUCACAGUUUAAACUUAGAACCCAUGUACAUGAAGGAGUUAAAAAGCUACAGCUAUCCCAUAAAGGGUUUUAUUUACCCAAUAACAAAUGCCAUCAUUGACUCUUGAUAAGAAGUUUCUGACAUUACUGUCAAAGGGUAAAAUAAGAUCUUAUCUGUACAAUCCUAAACAAUGAUAAUACAAACAAGUUUUCCUAAACUUGGAUUAUAAGGGGGUUAUAGUGAUUAGGAAUGCAAAAUUAUAAUGAUGCACACCACUUGUUUUUAUCUCUAUGUAUGGUGUGUUCCCUUCUGAGCUUAAAAAACACAAUUUCAAUAAGAGAUACACUAAUGACACUGAAAAUUGAUUUGACUCUUUACAUUCUAUGUAGCAAGGUACUAGUGAAUGGAUUAUGCUUAAAUGUUCCAACCACCCUUGCAAACAAAUGGUUGGUCUGCUUUCACUUCAUAGGUCUGUUUUUGCUGCAUAGGGAUGUUGCUUCUUCGACAGCCUCAUCUCAGUUUAACAAUGCUGCUUAGUAUUUGGCUUUGGAUACAGUGCUCUUUGCUCAUAAUGUUUAUGGUCAUUUGGUCCACCAUGCUGCACUCCCAGAGGAGCCCUCAGGAAAUAUUGAAGUAUACUGGGAUUUUCUCCCAAGGUUCCUCGGCUCAAAUCUUUAUUUGGAAGAAGGAACUGGUUUCUUAUAUGUUGCACUAUAUGUUGAGCUGACCAAAUCAUGGCAUUGGAAUUGACAAUAGAGGAUACUAUAUCCCAGAGUUAAAAUGGACUUCUCAUAAUUAUAGCUGUCCAGCAGUGGAAUGGACUGCCUUAAUAGUGAACGCCCCUCCAGGGAAAUUCUUUAAGGAAAUGCUGGUGACCACCUGUUAAAAUAAUAUAAAAUGGAUUUUUAUAUUGGCUAGAUAGACUUUCAGUUUAAGGUAUCUUCCAGCUCUAAAUCCUAUGAGUCUAUAAACUACCAACUACUUUUCAGUGCCAACUAUCUUAAGACAACCGCUAAGACUGUGGAGAGGAACUGAAAACAUUCCCAAACUAUUUGGGAUCAGUAUUUAACAGCAACGACAGAGUUCUUCCUUUUGUUUUUGCACUAUGUCAGGAAAAACUACUGAACUCUGAGUAAUCAUUAUUUGUCCUGAUAAAAAGCUCCUGAAGACACCAUAUUAAAAUAAAAACAUAGAUUGUCAAAUAUUGAUUGCCACAACUGCCAGCUACAUACCAUAUUAUUAAGAUGCAUUCUAGUUCAUAUUAGUUAAUCUGAACAUUUAAAAUAGCUGAGAUAAAAAAAUAGUGAACCAAAAUAGUGAAGGAUAGUUAGAAAUGAGUCCAAAAAGAGACCUCUUCCAGGGAGAGGGCAGGAGCUUUCACAGGGAUACAGCCCAGAACUUUCCAUUGUAACCACAUAUAGAAUCAGCCUUACACAUGGGACCUUAUGUGCUUUAAGAGCUCUGGGAUUUCUUGGCUACAUAGACAGAUGGAGGACAGUAUUCCAACACAGUCAUGCUCACUAUUUCCAAUUAAAUACAGUCAUUAUCAUACUUAUCCAACAGAUUUUGAUGCUAGAAGUGAAAGCCAGACCUGGGGCCCCACAGCUCUAAAAUAUUAGUCCUUACCCUGCCUAUGCCUAUAGCUAACCAGAUUUAUUUCCAAGUUCUUUGGUAAUUUUACUAUAAUUAUGUUAGGGUGAAAAUCUGUUUGUCAGAUCUGUUAAAUGCUAACUGUAAGUGCAUGAGCCCUGGGGCCUUCUCUUUCUACUUGCACUCUGCUUAUAAUACUUUCUAUUUUAGAUCUCAGGCCUUCACGAAGACGUCCACCCCUUCACAGAAGUAUUUGUCUCUACUAUAAUAGCAUGUGGUCAUUUAAGUGAAAGAAUUACAUGUGUAGUCUACUCAUAGGCCUCCUGUUCAUCCAAGGCAUAUGCGAUUUUUGCUAAGCCGACUGAAGCUCCUUAUGUGCCAUACCAAUUUUUUCUGUCAAAUCACAAUACAAGACUUUAAUGAAAGUUCUUAAUAUUCAGAGACAAAAAAAUUGUGACUGUUUUGGUGACUAACUCAGUGGGGUGCUGAAAUAUAGUUUAGAUAAAAUUAAAAGACGCCAAAAGCUAAAAUCUGUGAGUACCAGGAAUUGUGCACAUAGGUUUGGGAAUUGACUCUGUAUCCUAGAAUGUGCAGUGCAAUAUUUUCAGUAGGUGUUUUUUUAUUAUGAACACUUGGUGUUCUGAAGAAGAUAUUUCUGUUUGGAAUAUUAUUUUCCAAUUGUCAAUUAAAACAUACAGAGUAUUCCUUUAUUUCAUCUAUUGAGAUACAUUCAGGGGGCCUCAGGUUCCAUGUCUUCAGUGGAUUGAUGAAUUUCAGGUUAAUUGUGCCUGCCUCAGCCAUCUUUACCUUACCCUGAGGUAUUCCACAAUCCUCUUGUUGCAGGUGCUGCUAAAAACUCACAAUUGUGUAUCAUACGUUUUGUUUGACCUUAAAAAAUCAUCUGCGUUAAAUGGAAUAAAAGUGCAUUUUGAAU